UCGUAACGGCGCCUUUUCCUGCUCAAAAAAAACAACAUUCAGGUUAGGGGCAGAGUAGUUGUUUACCUGGUGGUGUUGUUUUUCCCCCUCCCCCUUUUUAGUCAGCAGCCGCGUUAGCAUUAACCGAGUUAAAGAAUGGUAGACAAAAUGGAUAUGUCGUUGGACGACAUCAUCAAGCAGAGUAAGCAGCAGAGAGGAGGCGCGGGCGGCCGCGGUGGGAGAGGAGGCCGAGGCCGAGGCGGCGCUGGCCGCGGUGCUGGAGGCGCCGGGCGGCUCGGAGCUAACGCAGGCGGAAGCUUUGGCGUCCGCGGCGGAGGCUCAGGCCCCAUGAGGAAUCGUCAGAACCUGAGCCGUGGCAGAAGCAGACCCACGCCGUACAGCAGGCCCAAGCAGCUCCCUGACAAGUGGCAGCACGACCUGUUCGACAAUGGCUACAGCACCAAUUCUGGAGGUGGUGGCGGCGGCGGAGGAGGAGGAGGAGUGGGCGUGGAAACUGGCGGGAAGCUGCUUGUAUCCAAUCUUGACUUUGGUGUCUCCGAUGCAGACAUUCAGGAACUUUUUGCAGAAUUUGGCACCCUGAAGAAGGCUGCGGUCCAUUACGACCGGUCCGGACGCAGUCUUGGCACGGCAGACGUCCACUUUGAGAGGAAAGCAGAUGCUUUGAAAGCCAUGAAGCAAUACAACGGUGUUCCUCUUGAUGCUUUUGAUUCUGUUCCAGGUCGCCCAAUGAACAUUCAGCUAGUCACAUCACAGAUUGACGCACAGAGACGAGCUCCAAUGCAGGGUCUGAAUCGUGGUGGCAGUGGAGGCAUGAACAGGAACAAGAUGGGGAGCUUUGGAGGCAUGCAGAGAGGACGGGGAGGACGGGGAGGUGGAGGGCUCAGAGGCCGUGGCAGAGGAGCAAGGGGCAAUAACAAGCAGCAGCUUUCAGCAGAAGAAUUAGAUGCCCAGCUAGAUGCCUACAAUGCCAGGAUGGACACCAGCUAAAUGGCCCAAUCUGUUCAUGCUGCGGCUUUCUGACAGCAUCGUGGGAUGGUUGUUACCGAUUUGAAAUGCCGGACGUUUUACAUUUACUUGUCUUCAAAAGUGAUUUAAAUUUGUGUACCAGUUUUCUCCUUUUAAAUGCUCUGACAUUUUUUUACCUACCAUUUUGUUUUAUUUUCUUUUUGAAAACCUAGUCUGACUGUAGGACUUGUGUGGAGAGGUGCUUGUUUUUACCCUCCCUUUAUAGUUCAUUGUAAUAAAACCUGCAGUACAUAGUAUCCAAGAAA